AUGUCGACGGCAACUUCAAUCAUCAGCUCUGGCUCAGACAAGCUAGAUGCUUGGACCAGACGUGCACAGCCUAAGAUCCAGAUAAAUAUUGCAGGACAAAAGCCAGGGCAUGUCAACUCUUAUACCACUGCAGAGAGUAUUGAAGGCAGCAUAACUGUCACCGUUGAGCAUGAGACUCGAUUUGAUGAAAUUGAGAUUGCGUUUGAAGGUGUAUCUCGAACUACGGUAGAACGGGCAUCAUGCCCGGGCCGCACGGGAUCACAGCAAAUGUUUCUCAAGUUGCGCCAGCCUAUUGACGAGAUGGAAUAUCCGACCCCUCGCGUGCUAGAGAGUGGCCGAUCAUAUGAAUACCCCUUCACAUUCGUCGUCCCGGACCGCCUACUGCCCCAGGUCUGCUCCCACGCCAGGAAGAAUGUUCACAUCCAACGAUCACACACCAUGCUUCCGCCAACAUUGGGUGAUCCCAUUCUCGCGAGCAAUGGCAAGACACUACUAGAUGACAUGGCACCCAGCAUGUCCCAGAUCUGCUACACGGUUCGAGCGACUGUUCUUCAGAAGCAGCUCACCGGCCAUGGAGUCGUGGCUGUCGCCGCCGUUGCCAAGAAAGUCCGCAUUAUCCCAACUGUGGAAGAAGAACCUCCUAUUGAAAUUUCCGGAAGCCCAUCUCUCUGCACACGCAAAGAGAAGAGUGUCAAGCGCGGAACUUUACGAGGCAAAUUGGGACGGAUCGUCGCUUCGUCUUCCCAGCCCAAACCUAUUCAAUUGCUUCCUCCAGACGGCGAGCCAACUGAUACUGUGAGCACUGUGGCUACUGUAAAUCUGCGAUUCGAUCCAGUCGGCGACGAGCAGCCUCCCCCACUUGGAACAAUGACCAGCAAACUACGCGCGAACACAUUCUUCAGUGCGGCCCCAUGGGAAGACUUCCCUUCCACGACCGGCAUGCCCUUCGCCCAUAUUGGAUGCGGCCUCUACACAGAAAACGUACCUCUAAUGACCAUGUGUGUCGCAUCGGCCCAGUGGACAAAACAAUCGUCAGCUGCCGACUCGAUGCGCCGCGACUCCACCGACUCAUCAUCAUCCGAUUCAUCAACCGGUCCGUCUUCCGCAUUCUCCGGAGACACCUACUAUACCGCAUCAGUCAUUGUCCCAGUCACCCUUCCCAAGUCGAAAGCCUUCGUCCCGACUUUCCACUCCUGUUUGAUGUCUCGCGUUUACGCCCUCGAUCUCUGCUUGACAUACCACACCCCCGCAGCCAACCUCAUGACACCGACAAUCUCCCUCCGUCUCCCAGUCCAGUUUACUAGCCAAGCAAAGUGCGCUGAAUCUGUUAAAACCACACUCGGUGUCACUGUCACACAGCAAGAGCUGGAGGAGUUCUUCCACCCACGCAAUGUGACUUCUCCCACCGACUUUUCUAGCCACAUUCGUAGUGAUGUGGUUGACGUGAGCCUUGCCCCACCUGAGUACUCGGAAAGGUUGAGCGCUCUGAGAGCCAGCCGGUGA